AUGGAAGGGGCUCUGAUAGCCCGGGACAGAGUUGGGGUGCAGGACUUCGUGCUUCUGGACUCCCACACCAGCGAGAACGCUUUCCUGAACAACCUCCGCAAGCGAUACCAAGAGAACCUCAUCUAUACAUACAUUGGUACUCUUCUUGUGUCUGUCAACCCUUACAAAGAGCUGGAUAUCUACACAGUGACACAGAUGCAGCUUUAUCGAGGGAUAAACUUCUUUGAACUGCCACCACAUCUAUAUGCCAUAGCUGACAACGCCUACCGGGUGAUGUGCAGCGAGUACAACAACCAUUUCAUCCUCAUCUCUGGGGAGAGCGGAGCUGGGAAGACAGAAGCAUCCAAGAAGAUCUUGCAGUAUUACGCAGUAACCUGCCCAACCACGGAGCAGCUGCAGAUCGUCCGUGACCGUCUGCUGCUUUCCAAUCCUGUUCUGGAGGCUUUUGGAAAUGCAAAAACUCUGCGUAAUGACAACUCGAGUAGAUUUGGGAAAUACAUGGAUAUCCAAUUUGAUUUUAAGGGAGCUCCAGUGGGAGGGCACAUCCUCAGUUACCUCAUUGAGAAAUCCCGAGUUGUCCAUCAAAACCACGGAGAGAGGAAUUUCCAUAUUUUCUACCAGUUGUUAGAGGGUGGAGACAAGGAACUUCUCAGCUGGCUUGGGCUGGAGCGCAACCCCCAGAAGUACACGUAUCUCAUCCAGGGUCGAUGUGCCAAAGUGUUUUCUAUUAAUGACAAGAAUGACUGGAAAAUAGUCCGCAAAGCUUUUUCUAUAAUUGACUUCACUGAAAAAGAUAUAGAGCAUCUCUUUGGAAUUGUUGCUAGCGUCCUGCACCUUGGGAACAUUCAGUUUGAAGAAGAUAGCAAUGGACAUGCCAUCAUUCGCGACGGCACGCAGAUCAAGUGGAUUUCAAAGCUACUGGGUGCACACUUGUCCAUUCUGCAGGAAGCUCUCACCCAUCGGAAGAUCGAAGCCAGAUCCGAAGAGGUCCUAAGCCCACUGAACGUGGAUCUGGCAUUCUACGCUCGGGACGCAGUAGCAAAGGCAAUUUAUGGACGAACUUUCACUUGGCUUGUCAACAAAAUUAACGGCUCGCUAGCCAACAAGGAUUCAACUCGGAAGACGGUUAUCGGCCUGCUGGAUAUCUAUGGUUUUGAAGUGCUGGACACAAACAGCUUUGAGCAGUUCUGCAUUAAUUACUGCAAUGAGAAGCUCCAGCAGCUCUUGAUUGAGAUGACCUUGAAAGCAGAGCAGGAGGAAUAUGAACUGGAAGGAAUAGAGUGGGAGCCAAUUCCAUAUUUUAACAACAAGAUCAUCUGCGACUUGGUUGAGCAGAAGCAUAAAGGAAUAAUCUCCAUUCUGGAUGAAGAAUGCUUACGCCCUGGUGAAGCGACUGAUCUGAGCUUCUUGGAAAAGCUGGAAGAGAAAGUAGGAGAUCAUGCCCACUUCGUGACUCGCAAGCUUGCAGACCAGAAAACACGGAAAUCCAUUGAUUGGGUGGAUUUCCGCCUGCUUCACUACGCAGGAGAAGUCACUUACUGUGCUGUCGGAUUUCUGGAGAAGAAUAAUGAUCUCCUGUACAGAAACCUGAAAGAGGUGCUGUGCAACUCUAAAAAUGGCAUCAUUAGAGACUGCUUUUUACUAUCAGAACUCGACAACAGGAGGAGACCAGAGACUGUUGCAACCCAGUUCAAAAACAGUCUGACGAGUCUGAUAGAAAUCCUGAUGUCCAAGGAGCCUUCUUAUGUUCGAUGCAUUAAACCGAAUGAGAACAAGGAGCCUGGGAAGUUUGAUGAUUAUCUGAUCCGACAUCAGGUGAAAUACCUGGGCCUGAUGGAGCACUUGCGGGUGAGACGAGCUGGCUUCGCGUAUCGGCGGAAGUAUGAACUCUUCUUGCAAAGGUAUAAAUCCCUCUGUCCAGCUACCUGGCCACACUGGCACGGGCCAGCAGCGGAGGGUGUGGAGAGGCUCAUCAAGCACAUUGGUUACAAGCCUGAGGAGUACAAAUUAGGAAGAACCAAAAUAUUCAUUCGGUUCCCAAAGACUCUCUUUGCUACUGAAGAUGCAUUUGAAUUCAGAAAGCACCUGCUAGUUUCAAGACUACAAGCCAAAUAUAAAGGACGCCUUGGGAAGAGAGAGUACAAGAAGAAGCGGGAAGCAGCUAUCAAGCUGGAGGCUUGUUGGCGAGGGGUGCUGGCACGGAAGGAGGCCAAGAAGAGGACGUGGGCGGUUCAGAUAAUCAGGAAAUUCAUAAAUGGCUUCAUCAAUCGGAAGAAACCCCUUUGCCCGGAGAACAUUGAGUUUGUGCGGCUCGUGCAGUACAACUACUUAAUGAAGCUCAGGGACCACGUCCCAAAAAACGUCUUGGACAAGAGCUGGCUCCAACCUCCUUCCAUCCUGGAAGAGACAUCUGAGAAGCUACAGAAGAUCUGCAUUAGGAACCUAGUAAGGAAGUACUGCCGAGGUGUUACUGCUGAGAGGAAAGCACAAUUACAGCAAAAAGUGGUAACAAGCGCCGUUUUCAGAGGGAAGAAGGAGGGCUACCUGCAGAGCCUGAACCAGCCCUUCUUGGACACCCGACUCAAAGAGAGUGAUAUCAACCCCAAAGUGUUGCAGCUCAUCCAAGGUGAGAAGAUCAAGUAUGUGACCCCCGUGGUAAAAUAUGACAGGAACGGGUUCAAAGCACGAGACCGGCUGCUCGUUCUGACCCAGUCCUCGGCGUACGUGGUGGAAAUGGCCAAGAUCAAGCAGAAAAUCGACUACACCACUCUGAAAGGUAUCUCCACCAGCAACCUGAGCGAUGGGAUUGUAGUGAUUCAUGUUCCUGAGGACAACAAACAGAAGGGAGAUGUGAUACUUCAGUGUGAGCACGUCUUUGAGACGGUCACUAAACUCUGCAUGCUGGCCAAUAAGCAAAACCUCGUUAAAGUCGUGAAGGGAAGCCUUCAGUUUCGCAUUGGCUCUGGGAAAGAAGGCACGAUGGUGUUUGCUGUCGGGCAGGAGCCGCAGGUCUUCAAAGCCAAAACUGGACAGCUGACAGUGGGGGACAGGGAGCUCAGCACAGCUGAGGACGAGGAUGAUGAUGGCCCGUCCCUCCUGUGGCACAGGACAGAGCCAGCUCUAGCGGUAAUGAAGCGUGGAGGGUUUGCUGCAGGACUAUGGGAUGGCCACAGGAGCGCAGCGGGACGUGGGAGUGAGACCGAACGGCUUUACACAGCGCAGAGUCCAGGCCCCUUCAAGGGCAACAGCUCUGUUAGAGACUCAGAAACCCAUAAACAGCCCACUGCCAUUUCUGAAAAGACUUGGAAUACGCUCAGGGUAAAGUCAAACAAGGACCAACGGCCCCUGGGCCACCGCCUGCUCCUCUUCCCCAUGGCAACUGGCUCAGAGCGAGCCAAUGCUCCUGUAUCGGUUACAGACCUGAACCGCGGCCGCUGCUCCCCCUGCGCUAGGCUGCGGGGUUUGAACCCACGAUGA